GACCAAAAGAGUGUGAGGUUUCCAAUUAAUCUAUCUACUUUAAAUCUUGCUAAGUAGCAACUAUGGAAUCCCAAAAUGGAGAGCAUGUUGCUUCCAAUUUGCUCAAAGCUCAGAGUCAUAUAUGGAAUCACAUUUUCAAUUUCAUAAAUUCGAUGUCACUUAAAUGUGUAGUUGAUUUAGGUAUACCUGAUAUCAUACACAACUAUGGAAAACCAAUCUCACUCUCAAAACUCAUUCCUUUAUUACCAAUUCACCCUUCAAAAACUAUCUUCAUAUAUCGCUUGAUGCGAAUCAUGACUCAUUCUGGUUUUUUCUCUCAACAGAAUAUUACAGAGAAUGAGUUAGAAACUGAGUAUAUGUUAACUGAUACAUCUUUAUUGCUACUUAGCGAUAAUCCAAUGAGCGUGGCACCAUUCGUGCACGCGAUGCUUGAUCCUGUUUUGACGAAUCCGUGGCAUCAAUUGUCAACUUGGUUAACAAAUGGCGAUCCAACUGCAUUUGAAACGAAGCAUGGGAUGUUGUUUUGGGAUUGUGCGGAGCGUGAGCCCAAAUUUAACAACUUGUUCAAUGAUGCAAUGGCAAGUGAUGCUAGAUUGGUGAGUAGUGUUGUGAUUGAGAAGUGCAAAGAAGUGUUCAAUGGAUUGGAGUCAAUUGUUGAUGUUGGAGGAGGCAUAGGGACCAUGGCAAAGGCUCUUGCAAAAUCAUUUCCACAAUUGGAGUGCACUGUAUUGGAUCUACCACAUGUUGUUGCUGGCUUGCAAGAAACUGAGAAUCUAAAAUAUGUUGGUGGGGACAUGUUUAAAGAAAUUCCCUCUGCAGAUGCCAUUUUAUUGAAGUGGAUAUUGCAUGACUGGAAUGAUGAUGAAUGUGUAAAGAUCUUAAAGAAUUGUAAGGAUGCAAUAGCAAAGAAAGGUAAAGAAGGGAAGGUGAUUAUCAUAGACAUGGUGAUGGAGAAUGAGAAGGGAAAAAAUGAAUCCCUUCAAACACAACUCUUCUUUGAUAUGCUCAUGAUGGUGUUGGUCACCGGAAAAGAGAGAACUAAGAAAGAAUGGGUUAAUUUAAUUUCCUCUUCCGGUUUCAGUAAUUACAAGAUAACUCCAAUUUUGGGCCUAAGAUCCGUUAUUGAGAUCUAUCCAUAAUAAAUUCUAGUGGAGUGCGAAUAAGAAUAAUCAUUCAUAUAUGUGGUUGUAGUUUAUAUUUAAUAUGUAACAAUAAUGAUGCAGAUUUUAAAGUAAUCAUCGUAGUUGCUGUGGUCUUUUGAUAACAAGAAGAAUGCGUUCAAACGGAGCUGACACACCGCAAAAGUAUCAAAAAUCUUGAUAUCACAACUCAAAUUUUAAUUAGAGACAUUUUCUAAAACUAUUAUAAUAAAGUCUCGGAUAUUAAUCAUGUGUGUUUAUUGCUAAAAUGAUGUAUCGAAAAAUUACUCAUAAUUAUAUUUAAUUGUUAUUGAUUUC